GGCGCAGCGCAACUCUGCCCUCGUCACCAUGGCCGCCUUCAAACUUCUGCUCCUCGUCGGCUGCUUCUCAGCUGCCUGCGCCACAGAAUCGUCGUGGGACGGAUUGAGAGUGAGGUGGUCCGUCCUGGGCCUCGUGGACAUCUUCCACCUGGCGUCGUUCUUCGACAUGCCCAAGACGGUGAGCGACGCGACGUCCGACGGCUGGGUGGCUGCCGUGGACUCCGGCGUCACCUCCAACGUGACCACCUACUGCAUGGAGGACGACCCUCGAGUCUGCAUGCUCUACGACGCCAACGGCAUCGCCGCCGGAAUCGACGUCAGCGUGUUGGUGGACGAUGUGUCCGGCCUGGACGUGGACUACGACUGGGACUCGCAGGAGAUGUUCGUCAGAAUGGAGCGCUUUGGUGUCCCCAUCUACAGAACCCGUGUCUACUGGGUGUCGGAAGAUGAACUGAACGAAGGGCGCAGCACGUGGAAGAACGGCCUCGGCAGCGGUCUCUGGUUCGAAGGCAAGAACGGCCGUCUGGAGAUCCCCAUCGAGCAGGCGAAGAUCGAGAGCGACACGCCGUACACCGAGCAGGCGUGCAUCCCCACCAUGGGCACCCACUACUACUACAACAUGACGGAGACGUCGGACUGCUCGCAGUUCUUCCCCUACUUCCUGCUGGUGGACGGCCGCUCCGGGAAGCUGCACGGCGUCGGCUUUCAGACGUACGGCAAGGCCAGCAAGAAGAGCAGGAACUGGUUCGAGGCCAUCCCCACUGCCGCCAUCAAGCCGACUGUCCCACACUCUCCUGACUGCCUGGUGGACUGGGUCGACAAAGUGGGAGUCAUCUCCUUGCAUGUCUACUUCAAGGACAACGAAAAGACCAUCGGGUGUUGAUACUGUACAUCCUGAAUAAAAGAUACUGCAAAGUGUGUUCCAGUGUAUGACAUGUCAAUAGAGAAUGAACAACGUGUUUCACAUGUGA